AUGAUAAAAUUAUCAAAAUAUGCUAAAAACGCAUGCCCAAAAGCCACUAGUCAAUCGGACAGUUCUACGGAUUUCAUGUCAAAAUUGUUUUUAGAUGAACUGCCAGAGGCUCUCAGCCGAAAAAUUGGUUCUGUGGUUAGGGUGCUACCAAACUCAUUAGAAAUAUUCGAAGAAUUGUAUAAAUAUGCAUUGAAUGAAAAUAACAACAACAGAAGCAAACAUCAUAAAAAGCCCAGGACGCAUGAUUUUUCUGGUCAGGUUAAAACGGAUAAAAUUUCGGAGGCCAACACUAUUUUCAAAUUAGAAGGUGUGUCCGUGCUGUCACCAUUAAGGAAAAAGCUUGAUUUGGUGUUCUAUCUUUCUAAUGUUGAUGGAUCUCCCGUAAUAACAUUUUUAAAGGAAAACGAAAGAGAAUUGAGCAUCCACCAACUAAACAAAAGUAUCAAAAUGGCUUCAUUCUUGCCAGUACCAGAAAAACCUAAUCUAAUAUAUCUCUUCAUGACUUACACAUCGUGUGAAGACAACAAAUUUUCUGAACCUGUGGUAAUGACUUUAAACAAGGAAAAUACACUAAACCAAUUCAAGAGGUUAGGGCUUCUCGAUUCUAGUGUAACAGACUUCGAAAAGUGUGUUGAGUAUAUAAGAAAACAAGCCAUUUUGACAGGUUUUAAAAUUUCGAAUCCCUUUAUCAACAGUAAGUCAGCCGACGCUGAUGCUGAAAAAAUAAACUCAUUCCAUUUACAGUGUCAUAGAGGUACCAAAGAGGGUACACUAUAUUUUUUACCAGAUCACAUAAUUUUUGGGUUUAAAAAGCCCAUUUUAUUAUUCGACGCUUCCGACAUUGAAUCUAUAACGUAUUCAUCUAUUACCAGAUUAACGUUCAAUGCAAGCUUGGUAACGAAAAAUGGCGAAAAAUACGAGUUUUCGAUGAUAGAUCAAACUGAAUAUGCCAAAAUUGACGACUACGUUAAAAGAAAGCAAAUGAAGGACAAAUCUAUGUCUGAGGAAUUGAAAGCUAAAUCUAAGAGCAAAGGCCAGCCAACUGACGGCGCAACUGAUCAGCCAUCUAUUCUACAGGAGGCCACCCGCCAAAUGCAAGACGAGAAAAAGGCAGGUAUAUUUUCAGAUGAUGAUGAAGAAAAUGACCAAAAUUUCGAAGCUGAGAGUGACCUUUCGGAUGGCAGUGGCCAAGAAUCCUCAGACGAUGCUGAAGACGGAGAGGAAGCAGAGGAAGACGAUGAAGAAGAAGAUGAAGAGGACGAAGAGGAACAUCAAAAAAGCCAAACCGCUUUUAAUGAGGAUAAUAGUCUCGCGCCUAUACAUGAUAAACUAGAUCAGGAACUCCAAUAUAAAGAAUUCAAAGAACCGUUAGAACUCGAAGACAUUCCCAUAGAGAUUGACAAUGACGAUGAUGAAGAUGAUGAGGACGGAUCCGGAGUAGAAUACGAUUGA